CAUCGAGUCACAGUUGAGGUGCACGAUAAUAUUCUGUUAUUUGCGCAAGAAAAUGUUAAUUUUAAAAUACCUGAAAAUGCCAUUUUAGGAGUUCGCUUUCCUUUAGACAGCGGCAUAGAUACAGAUGUAGGUCUAAAUGGUAUACAGAAUUAUAAACUACAUCCAACUGAUAGUUUUAAACUGGAGGUUCAUAGUCAGACUGAUGGCAACAAAUACAUUGAGAUGGUUUUACAACGAGAACUAGACCGAGAGGAACGCGAUGAGAUUAAAUUGGUUCUUGUGGCAACUGAUGGUGGGUCACCUCAGAAAUCAGGCACUGUAAAAAUUCAUGUUACUGUUCUGGAUGUUAAUGAUAAUGCUCCAGUGUGUAAACAGUCAGUAUUUAAAACUGAAGUUAGAGAGAAUUCACCUGCUGGUACUGUUAUCGGUACUGUUAGUGCUGCUGAUGCUGACGAAGGUGUAAAUGGCCAGGUUUCCUAUUCCUUUGCUCUUGCAAGCAAAGAAGCAAGAGAGCUUUUUGAGAUAAAUACAGAAACAGGUGAAAUUAGACUUCUUGAUCAUUUAGAUUAUGAAUCUCAAAAUAGUUAUCAAAUAAAUAUUAAAGCGAGAGAUAAAGGGGGUCUCGCAGAUACCUGCAAAAUUGUCAUAGAUGUAAUUGACGAGAAUGACAAUUCUCCAACCAUACAGCUGAUGUCGUUCUCAAACACCCUUCCUGAAAAUUCCCCAGUGGGAACAACUGUAGCCGUCAUUAACGUAGAGGACACAGAUUCUGGUCAAAAUGGCCUUGUUCAGUGCUCAAUAAAUCAAAACAUACCGUUUAAAAUCGAGUCAUCACUCACGGACUAUUAUACUUUAGUUACUGAUGAUAUGCUUGAUCGAGAAAGUCUUGCUGAAUAUAACAUAACGAUCUUGGUGUCAGACAAAGGAAUUACUGUGCGCCACGCGAACAAAACGCUUAAUGUAAAAAUAUCUGAUGUGAAUGACAAUCCGCCAGUAUUCGAGUUCGAGGAAUAUAAAAAAUUUGUUAGUGAAAAUAAUUCUCCUGGUCUGACUAUAAUGACUGUUAAAGCAAAUGAUGCUGACUGGGGUCCCAAUGCGCAAUUGUCCUACUUCCUGAAGGAUGAAGACAUGCGUGGUGCACCACUACGUUCUCUCGUAUCUGUAGAUUCACAUACUGGCACUAUUCAUGCAGAUAAAUCAUUUGAUUUUGAACAGUUGAAAUCGUUUGCCUUUAACGUGACAGCUCGAGAUGGAGGAUCCCCGCCCUUGAGCUCUGAAGUGACAAUAACUAUCAAUAUCCAGGAUCAGAAUGACAACGCUCCUCAGGUUCUGUAUCCAGAACAGGCUGGUGCUUCUGUGGUGGCUGAGAUUGUGCCUCGUGCUGCAGAUGUUGGAUAUCUGGUCACUAAAGUGGUGGCUGUUGAUGUGGACUCUGGACAGAAUGCCUGGCUCUCCUAUAAACUACAGAAAGCUACAGACAGAGCGCUGUUUGAAGUGGGUUUACAGAAUGGAGAAAUAAGAACUGUGCGACAAGUGACUGAUAAAGAUGCUGUCAAACAAAAACUCACUGUUGUUGUGGAGGAUAACGGACAGCCCUCUCGCUCAGCUGUGGUCUCCAUUAACGUGGCUGUGGCUGACAGCUUUCCUGAAGUGCUCUCGGAGUUCACAGACUUUACGCAUGGAAAACUUUAUGACGAGAGUCUAACCUUUUAUUUAGUUCUCGCUCUGGCUGCGGUUUCUUUCCUAUUUAUUACUUGUGUGGUUGUCAUAAUAUCAGUUAAAAUCUACAGGUGGAGACAAUCAAGCUUCCUAUAUCAGUCCAAUCUGCCUGUUAUCCCGUACUAUCCACCGCAUUACGCAGACACAGGAGUCACUGGAACUCUGCCGCACGGGUAUAAUUAUGAAGUGUGCAUGACGACUGACUCGAGGAAGAGUGACUGUAAGUUUUCUACACUCGGUGGACAGAAUGUUUUAGUGGUGGACCCGAGUUUCACUGAGACGAUGCAGCGCGCAAUGAAGGAAACGAACAUUCUUGAAAAAUCUGAGCAACAAGAAGUGGUAAGAUCCUUGCAGGAAUAG